AUGUCGGACCUUCACGAAAUCACUUCAGAGGAGAGCUUUGGAGCUCACAUAGCCUCUCUGCAGCCAUCAGCGCUCCUUGUACUCUUCUUCCAUACCCCAUGGGCCGCUCCUUGCACUCAGAUGCGUACCGUUCUUCAAACACUGGCCUCCCUAUACACACCCACCACCCCGCCAUCCAUCUCCUUCGUCAGUAUCGACGCAGAAGCACUUCCCGAAAUAUCAGAGCAGUACGAAGUAACGGCCGUUCCGUUUGUGGUGCUAAGCCGGAAUAAUUCUAUUAUUGAAAGCAUCUCUGGUUCGAAUCCGAUUAAAGUCCGUGAAGCAGUUGAGAAACAUUACCAGUCACCUUCGGGUGCCGGUACGACAGACAAACAAUCCAUCCCUCCAGCACUUGAUGCCGUUCCGAGAACAAUAGACGAGACACAGCAGAACGAUCAGGGUCCGCAGGCUCCGCCGUCUGCAGGCCAAGGGACAAACGGAGUUAGUGGUCGUGAUGUCCCUGAGUCUCCUUCGAGGGAGGAACUGUUUGCUAGAAUUGGGGAGCUUGUCAAAGCCGCUCCGGUGAUGUUAUUUAUGAAGGGUACCCCAAGUGCACCACAAUGUGGAUUUAGCCGGCAACUCGUUGCUAUUCUACGGGAGAAUAGUGUCAAAUAUGGCUUUUUCAAUAUUCUUGCCGAUGACGACGUAAGGCAAGGUCUCAAGGAGUUUGCGGACUGGCCUACAUUCCCACAGCUAUGGGUAAGGGGCGAGCUUGUUGGUGGCCUGGACAUUGUCAAGGAAGAAAUAGAAGCAAACCCUGAUUUCCUUUGUGAUUAUUCGGUUCCAAAGGCAUGA